UGAGGCAGCCUGGCAGAUGGAAGAGUGCUAACCCUGAAGACACCAUUUACGUCUCUCAGAGCUGAAAACAUGUGAGAAAACCCUUGAAUGACAUCGAACAAUUAUCACGCCAGCGGAAAGCACGGAACACCGCAGCUGAGAGUGCCACAGGUUUCAAGUGGCAGACAGACUCGCCUCACACUCCAGCCAAACACUUGCUCACAACAGACUCACAACACACGGUCACAUAAGCCACACACCGACACAGGGACCUUAGAGUGUGUAUCGAGUGUUGAGCGUCGUGCCGUCUGUAGGCGUGGGUGAUGGAGGCGGCCUCUUGGGCGGGCGUAGGAAGAGGAAGGUGGGCCCCGCCAGACACCAACUCUCAGCCAACACGACGCUGCCGCCCUCGUCCGCCUGACGGAACUCCUCACACUCUCUCACUAGUCACUCGCUUGUGGUGUCGUAAGCAUUUGAGACUUGCUUUAGGAUCCUGGUAUGUUCAUAUCAAUCUGUGUUAGUGUGACGGUAGACCAUCACAAUGUACAGUACUGCAAUACUUGUUGAGCGGAUGGUGUGUGUGUGUGUGUGUGUGUGUGUGUGUGUGUGUGUGUGUGUGUGUGUGUGUGUGUGUGUGUGUGUGUGUGCAUGUGCGCGUGCGCGCGCGUGCGUGCGUGCUCACCCCUUCCCGUCCCCCGCGAUUGUCAUGGUUGUUCUGAACACGUCAGCCACAAAAAAAAAAAAAAAAAACGAGUGACUUCCCUAGAGUCAAAUGUCUAUUGUUUAAGUGAUUUCCAAGUCGAGUUAGUGUAAAUACUCCUAGCAUUGCAUAUGUUGGCUGCACGGUAUUACCAGCACAACUCAUCAAAGGUGUAGUGCCGGCGUUGCUACAAUCCCUUGAUAAAUUCAGUGAUUCGCUGGAAACUUCCAUCAAAUAUCGCGCUCCGCGUCCACCUGCAGAUAAGCUCGGCGCGUAGUGUCUGCACGUGCAGGCAGCCGAGGAGCGGCCAGGCGGCGGUGCUCAGAGACAUUGGCGGUCAGGUGACCCUGCACAGACCAAAACACCGCCGACCCCCGACGGUCGUCUCUUACGAUAGCUUGUGGUAGACGUGACUCCGCCGCGUCAGCAUCCUGUAGUAAGGACUAAGGGUGACGUGAGCUAUUUAUGGCGCCAGUAGGUUUGUGUUUAGUGCGUUAUAUUGCAAAAUAAUCGAGAGCAAAUCAAAAUAUUGAUAAUAUUCUGUAGUACAUAGUAGACCUUGAUUAGCACACAAAUGGUCGCAGUCACCUAGGCAGACGACACUGAUCUCGUUAAUGACGAAGCAGGACUGCAUGUAGUGAAUAGUAAUAACCCAUGUAGAAUGAAUGAGCAGAAAAGACAACGCGACGAGAGAGAGAAAAAUAAAAAAAAGCGAAGAGAGUCUCUUAACAGACCAUCUCUCUUAGGCAGAGUUGAGGAACAUAAAGAUAAUACUCAUUCUAACAAAUAUCUGGAUUUUACAGAUAAUAUUUUUUAUAUAACAUGUUGAAACUCACGCGCUUCCAUUGUGAUACUGAAAGCAUUCGCAGAUGAAUGAUACAGAAAAAAAAAACUGUGUUGCUUUACUAAACAAGAGUCCAACUGCGCCGCGACCGAGCCGUGAGGUGAAGCAGAAAACAGUGUUGCUGAUAAAGAUUCACCUUGAAAGUGUUUGAGGACCUCCGUAUUUCAUGAAGGUUUCUUGUUGUCUUUGUGUGAGAAUUAUUGUGUUUCAAACAGAUGACGCAUUUUCUAUGACAAUAAUAAAGAAUAAAAUUACUUUUCUUACACGUUUUUUUCCCACGAUGUGUAUCCUGUGUGUUGUUAAAGCUGAUGGCUGAAGAGAAAAUGUAGUGGUAGUUUAUGCAGAGAAAUGUUUCAGUGGCUUGUGGUGACUUAUCUGUUGCUUCUUAGUACUUCCAUUGACUUUCCUUAUCACUGCUGGUGUAGUCACGUGCUCUGUGCUGUUGUUGCAUUCCUCCCAAGCCCGACUCGCUGUGCUCUGUGUGAAGCAAGAACAGGCAGGCAUACACUGACCAGCAGAGAACGGCCUCCCAUCCUUCGGGAGACACUUGGGGGUUCAAAGUUAUUAUGCUACUACUCCUUCCGCCUCUUUCCUCUGCAUGUCGGCGCCUGGCACUUCAACAACGAGGUGACUUUAAACCGACUGAUUUGGAUAGCGACAAGAGUGACCUGGAGAGCCAGAAAGGGGCGAACGAUAAUGCCAACACAAACGGGAACACCAAGCUCAUGCCAGGAGACGAAAAACAGCAGCAGCACCAACAACAGCUGCAGACAGCAGAAAAGAGAUGAGCUCACAACAUCAGCAGAGACCGGUGAAGUGGAGGAGGAGAAGAAGGCAGAGGAGAAUGAAGAGCAAGUGGGAACGGGAGGGGACCAGAAAGAGGGCAACACCACCGGGUUCAUGCAGAGCGAUAUGCUCACCUUCAAGAGGCAAGACAUUCCACAAGACGAGGCCAGAGAUACAUCCAAGAUUUUCAAAAAGAGUCCGCAGUACGUGCCGGUGUACCGACCAAACCCAGAACGCGGAUCCUCGGCACUCCAAGACCGUGUCAAGCCGGGCUCCGGCAGCCAUCCGCGGCGACCCAGCACAGGAGUGAUCUACGCCGAGCUGCAGCUGCCCCGCGCCUCCAACAACGGCUCCAUGAGGCGCGGGGAGCAACGGCGCCCCAAGACCCAGUACGCGGAGAUCACCUUCCAGGGUCACCCGUUGCAAACAGCUGAUAUAUGAUCACGUCAAGCGGGGUGACACGCCGCCAUCAGCAGUAAUGUUUCCAGCCGUGGGUCUCUUAAGUCAGGAGGCGUGGCCGCGCCAGUUAUCUGAUAGCUUGACGAGUAUAGAAACAUCUUUUUCACAUCUUAACUAAAUUUGUCUGUGAAUGUGCAGUGUAAUGUACAUCCAAGCCAGUUUUUUUUUUUUUUCAAGUAGGGAGAUUUUCUACAUGAAACAACUUCAGCUUACUUGUAAAACUUUGAGCAGGUCUCUGUGUCGAUGUUUGGCCUCAAGAGAAUCCGGGCGUAUCACUAAAAACACAAAACAAAAAAACAAAAACAAAAAAAUACAAAAAAAAAAGGAGACAAGUAAAAAAGGUACACACAUACACACACACACACACACACACACACACACACGGAUAUCACAUUAUUCAAUUCCAGCCUGAGGAUUUGGACUUAGAAGCCUUUUAAAUUUAGAUAAGUCAGCGGAAUAUUAGGAAAAAAUCUUGUAAGGGCAGCCAAGCAAAGUUGCUGCCAGCCAGCUUCUGCCUAGCGUGUGUAGACGGAGGUGUUUGAGCCGCGUGUGGCUGUGGCCGUCUGUUCCGCUACUUCGGCUUCUCUCAGUGUUCCGACAGGAUCUCUAUUCUUGGUAAGCAAUUGUUGUCUAGCGGCAGGUAUAAGAUGGAAGCAUUUUCUAGGGGCAACUUUAGGAUUAGGUUAUAACUUUAAUGAAUUAGUCUGCUGAAUGUGAAAUUACUGGUAAGGAGUAAUAAUUGUCUAUACUUUUCAUAAGCAUCCUGAACCAUGUACAGCAGUGUGUCAACAACCGAAGCUUACUAUGUACUUGUAUCUCAACCUUCAGCCGAGCGCUUCACGGUCUGCACAUCAGUUUAAUUUAGUUUCCUUUGAUUGCUUUACUCCAUCACUGUAUCCUAUGCAAAGAGGGAUGGUCUGUUUUUUGUGUACGAGGGAAGUGCAGUCCUCGGGUUGUGACAUUUUAUUUUCACCCCUCCCCUACCCGCCAGGUGUAGUGAUGAAUGUAGUGUAGUACCUCUCCCUGUUCACCUCUGGGAGGAGGCGGACCUCGCCGCACCUCCGAGUUACCUCUUUUAACCUAAGACUCCCAAAGAUCAAUUCAGCUAAUAUUAAGGUUAGUGUACAUAAUCAGGACUAUCCAGCCAGUUCUCUGAUGUUACUCCAUGGCUGCGGUCAGGCCAAGGGAGGGAGUGACUCAGGCUUGCCCGCGUCGCGUCUCCUCCUUGCCGCUGCUAUUAAAAGAAUAUGAAUCAUAUCUCUAUCCAACCACCAGAGGGAAGCACUUUAUCCGUGACUCCAGCACCGCCACUCCCCGGCCCAGCACGCCCUCCACAUCGAGUCUUGUGUUCGUCGUCCUGUUGGCAGUGUUCAUCUUUUCCGUUUAUUUUAAGUACAUAUUUUGUGGCCCCGACAUAGGAGGGGCUGUGUGUGGUUAUGUCAUUACGUACAUCAACAUUUUCGUGGUUAUACAAAGCGUACCAAUUUUGUUCCCCUUUUCCCUCCAAUUUCCCAGCUGUUUCUUUUUUUUUCUUUUUUUUGUAAAAAUAUAACAUUUAGCAAAACAACAGCAGUGUUUGCUGCGCUGUACGCUCUGUGAAACCUGGUGAAGUGUUGAGGUAUUUGAGUUGCCGGCAAUGUUGCGAAUUUUGUGUCUGUAUGUACGUGUAAAAUUUGUCUUCAGUGUAUUAGGUUGUUUUGGUCAUUGACUUAUUUUGGUAUUUUCUCAUAGACAUCAAUGUCAUCUUUCAGAGGACACCACUUUUUUUUAAGGUGUGAGUCAUUCUGUUAGCAUGUUACUGAGCUUCAAGAGAGUACAGGUAUAAUGUAAUGUAACAGACAAGGAGGAUGAAAUGUGCUCAGUGCAGCGUAUAAUAUGUAUUCCGUUGCUCAGCUCUCGCCUUCCCAGGCCAGGCAUACAGCAACGGUGCUCACGCCUGGCAGUCAGCACCUGGCCAGCACUGUGCCACAGUGGGCUGAUGGCACCGGUUACCUGUACCACCAUGUACUGACUAUUUGGCUUAAAACUUCGUCAAGAAAAACAAUAAUCAUAUUAGGUUUCCUCUGGCGAUAGUCACUUGAGGUUCUACAGUCGUGCCUUAGCAUCUAGCUGUUAAAGUACAGAUUUUUUUUUCUUAGUUAUCAGACAUACGAAAUUAUCAUAUGCAUCAGGAAAAUGUUGAACAUCUUUCCCAUUCCAUCAGAAUGAGACAUUGAGACACUAACAAGCCAAAUGGAGCUGGGUAUAUUGCGGGCCCAGGUGUCUAGAGCUAAGAGGACCUGCUUGAGGGCUGCUUGCUAACCCCGCUGGACCCCUCAUGACGACAACCACUGCUGCUUUCAUGGCCACAAAAAAAGUUUAUUAUUAACGUUCCUUCUCGAGACAGUGUCCAGUCCACGGAGAUCGACUCGGUUGGUGAGGGUUGUCCUUUUCUAAACCGUGACUGGUAACAGCGAGGCAACAAUUAUUUUAGACAAGUAAUGAAAAAAACCUUUAACUUUCGUAGUCCUUUAUUUCAUGUUUCUACAUCUGAGUGUUUUUAAUAUGUAACUUUUAGAAGCAAUGUUACUGUACGGUUUACAGAAACAUCAUCAUAAUCACAUAUUUUACCCUAAAAGUAUAAGUUGGACGGAUUCUAAAAGCUCCAGUUUUCAUGAUCAGUUGUUUUAGGUGACCAGUGCAGCAGUCACCCAUGAGCCGCUGUUGAGAAGAACACCCAUCAGUCGGUUGGGUUGGUGUGGGCUGGACAGGUAUCAGGCGGGACUGAACCGAAGCCUCUGCACAACAUUCACGUCUAAGAAAUUAACAUCCGAGAGAGGCUUUGCUUAACAACUACUGGUGGACUGUAGCGUGUUCAUGCAUAAACUUUUCCAGUGGUUUAGGUGUUCGUGGUAGAUAAUUUUUUUUCGUGGAAGGGGUGUCCAGACUUCUACUGAGACAUGUUUUGGCUUCGGCCCAGUUUCAUCAGUGACAUAAUAUAAUUUGUCCUUACAAUGUCCUGUAGGCUACGAUUCAGCUUAAAUUGGUCAUAUUUUCCUUUGUAUCUGAGAGGGUAUCUUUUUAUAUAACUUUGUAUAUAUUUGUAUAUGAUGCUGAAAUAAAUGGGUGCAACUUAA